AUGAACUCUACUAUGCAGUACUUCUUAGUCCUCGCGGCCUUUGUCGCAGUGGUACUAGCAGCGCAAAAAUCAAUUGUGAACAGACAAAAUCGGAUGCGUAUUAACAGAGCCAUUAGACGGGUUUUUUCUCCAAUCGACACGGCCGUAACAUACGAAACUGUUACUCUUAUCGAGAUUAAAGUUGACAAUGUCACCCAAGGCACAGGUGGCAGAGAUCUCCAGGCAGAAUUUGUUCGUAAAGUACGGGACCAUACAAUCGUAGAUUUCGGCCAUGACAACGGCAUUCCCAGCACUGAAUAUCUGGAUAGGAUCGGCGACGGUUCCCAAGGCACUGAUUUUUUGAAUGGCAGUAAACUCCCAGUAAAGAUUGGCGACACAGGACCUAUCCGUACAGUCGAAGAUGCUCCCGCUAGUAACAGUUUCAGCAGCAGAGGUGACAAGAAAAGAGAUUUGAAGGCGAGUGAUGCUCAGACCGAAACUGAGUAUCAUUCUGUCGUAAAAUUUGGCCCCCGAGAGGAUUCAAUUAGAGAGUUUUUGCUCAGGAUCGGCGACGCUUCUCGAGGCACUGAUCGUGUGAAUGACAUUAAAUUCCCCAAGAGAAUUGGCGACACAGUACCCAUUCAUACGGUCACAGAUGUUCCUACUAAUGACAGUUUCAUCAGUAGAAGCGACAAGAAAAGUGAUGCCAAUUUUGCUGAUCUUGAAGAGUUCAAUGCAAACUCUUCGCUGGAUUCGGAAGAAAUUAAGGACGAAUGGAAUGUCCGGAAGUCGAAGGGCUUUGUUGUCGCCGGUGUAGACACACUAGGGUCGUUUGAAGCUUUCUUAUCUCUGGAGGAAGAAUCUGAAGAAAUGUGCGAAGAAGAAGCCGCAAAACAAUACCACCAGCGGUACAUCAUGUAG